AUGAACGCACGCUCUCUUGUCUUGCAGCUGGCGAUCGUCUGCAUCGCGUUCAGCCUCUACCGCACCCUGGUGGUCGGUAGAACACUCGAGAGUUUGCUCGGCGGACCGGACACCUUCGCCGACUUUGAAUUCCUCGGCUUCUGGCAGACGCAGUACAACAACGCCGUCGCCAUCAUGGUGUUCUUCGCCUGGAUCAAGGUGUUCAAGUACAUCAGCUUCAACAAGACGAUGACGCAGCUGUCGUCGACCUUGAGCCGCUGCGCGAAGGACAUCGCUGGGUUCGGAGUGAUGUUCUGCAUCGUGUUCAUCUUUGGGCACUCAGGUGAAGGACUUCAGAUGACUCUGAUCCGCAUCAUCCUCGGAGACUUUGAUUUUCCAGCCAGCUGAGGCUGCUAACCGCUGUGCUCGGGUCCAAUCUACUUCAUCUUCUACGUCUUCUUCGUCUUCUUCGUGCUGCUGAACAUGUUCCUGGCCAUCAUCAACGACACGUACGCCGAGGUGAAGGCGGAGAUUGCCGAGCAGAAGAACGAAUUCGAACUCACCGACUACUUCAAACGGGGUUACAGCAAGAUGCUGUCGAAGAUGAACAUCAAGAAGGAGAAGAUCAUGGACAUUCAGAAGGCGCUGCAGGCGGCCGACAUCAACGCCGACCAGAAGCUGGACUUCGAGGAGUGGCGGCAGGAGCUGAAGGCUCGUGGUUAUGCCGAUGCUGAGAUCGAGACGGUGUUUGCGAAGUAUGAUCUGGACGGAGACAGAGUUCUGGAUGAGGAGGAGCAGCAUCACAUGGCAGCAAGACCAUCGAAGGACAGAAG